ACGUGUUUUCAAUUUUGAACUACUUCUGACGUCCCUGUCAAAACAGCUGAUAGGAUUCAGUAGGAUUAGUUCUAAACAACCAUUGAAAAUGAAGUACAGAUUUUGCGGAGGCGCCGACUGCCCUGAUUGGGUAUUAGCGGAAAUAAACUCUCUAUCCAAAUUGUCUUCAAUUAAAUUAAAACUUUUGGUACAGGUAAUUGCCAAAGGUAUAAUCAACCCUCCUAUUGAUAUGGAAAAAGCUGAGAAACUAUUCGCCGAUUCUAAAUUAGAUCAAACUGUAGAUCUGAAAGCUUGUAUUGCUUGUGUUAAUUAUAUUUUGAUAUCUGCCGUGAAAUACAAUAGCAAUCAUAAUAUCUUGAAAGCUGAGCUUCAAAUGCUGGGCUUACCAGCAGAACAUGGAGCAUCUUUUAAAAAGGUCAUGGAUGAGCAAAGCAAAGAAAUGUUGUCGGUUUUAAAAUCAAAAACUCUGAAAGUAAAUGCUUUGGAAGGAUUCUCGUCUUCGGUUGAUGUGGAAUCGAAUUGCGUGAAUUUAGAGUUAAAGAUAAACGAUGAGACUCGGAAUGUGAUCAUGACACCUUACACCUUGAACGUGUUAUUGGAAAACUUGAAAUCUGUGAGGAAUAACAUGCAAGAGAUGAAUAACAAUCCGUUCACUUACGAUGUGGGAAUAUUUAGAACGAGCAAUUCUUAAGAAACAAAUAAAUACUUUUAUUUCGUUUAUAUUAUUUGUAAAAGAUACAAAAUUAUUAUUAUAU